AUGGCGCACGGCAGCCCCAUGCAUAAGUUAUACAAGUCUAUUAUUGAAGAUGUGAUUGAAGGUCUGUGGGAACUCUUUGCAGAAGAGGGUGUAGAGGAACAGGUUCUGAAAGACUUGAAGCAGCUUUGGGAAACCAAGGUGAUGCAGUCUAAAGCUACAGAAGGCUUCUUCAGACAUAGCCACCCUUGUCCACAGCUUACCCUGCAGCUGCCACACAACUUUCAACACGUUCUGCAGGCUUCAGCAGCUUCUUUAGUCAUCCCAGCUGGCAGAGGUUUUCCCCAUUUCAUGACACCAGACCUGGGUGCUUUGCCAGUGGAUGCAACUCUUACUCUUCCUUCAACUAUUACUUAUCCUGUCCAUGUACCAGCUGGAGUGACACUACAGACAGCAUCUGGGCAGCUUUAUAAGGUAAAUGUGCCUAUUGUGGUUACACAGGCCUCAGGUGAUCCAAGUACUCUACAUCAGCCUGUUCAGCAGAUAUUUCACCCAGCUGGGCAACCUCCAGUUCUGCAAGCCAGUGUUGCCCAGGUGAAUGCAUCUUCUGCCCAGGCAGCUGCUGAAACACUGCAUGCCCAGGAGACUGCUGCCCAACAGACCAUAGUAAAUCAACCAAAUGUCGUGGAAAAAAACCACCAUGAGAACUCUGUCAAUACUACAUUUGUCCAGCAGCCUUCUGUGUGUCAGCAGCAGCUUGCAACUAGCACAGUGUUUAAUCAGCAUGCAGACUCAACAGAAACCCCCCAUCAGGGCAAUCUUCACACAGCUGUGUUUACUCCAGAAUCCCCUGAAGGGUUUUCUCCUCCGGAAUCCUUGGCAAGCAACUCCAGCAGUGUACUGCUGGAUGUGGAGGGGGUGAUAGACAUUGAGCCUCUGGAGUCAGUGCAACAGCAGGUGUCUGAUGAUAUCAUUGACCUGAUUAUCAUGGGCAAGAGCAUGGAGGAGAACACUGUUCACAAAGAUCAGGACAGCACUGCUACCUCUAACAAAAUGGAACCUACUGAGCAGAUGGAAUCUAAUUUACAAUCAGAGAAGGGUUUCUGCCGUGAUAUUGAAGACAUAAUUCAGCUAGAUGGAACUGGUGAUGUUUCUCCCAAGGAAGAAAUACCACAUACAGAAGAAGAUAAGGAAGAGAAUGAAUUCAUUGGCAUUAUUGAAUCAGAGGAUCUAAAAGUUCUGGAGGAUGAGGAAGAUGAUGAAGAAUGUGACAGUAUUUCAAACACAGAGUCUAGUAGCAGUGGUGGUGUUAAAGAAGACCCCCAAAUAGAUAUAGUUGAGGAGGACCCCUUAAAUUCUGGUGAUGAUGUCAGUGAACAGGAUGCUCCAGACUUGUUUGACACUGACAAUGUGAUAGUUUGUCAGUAUGACAAGAUACAUCGAAGUAAGAACAAAUGGAAGUUUUACUUAAAAGAUGGAGUAAUGUCCUUCCAGGGUAAAGACCAUGUUUUUGCAAAAGCCAUUGGAGAUGCAGAGUGGUGA